GUUGACACCGAGCCGCUUCAUAAUGUCAAACGGAAUAGUAUUUAUUUUUUACUUAGUGCUCUGUUAAUGCCAUUUUUUAUUUUUAUUUGAACCAAAUAGUGGGCUUUUGACAUUUAUUGUGACGAGCAUCAAGGUGAACACCAUGUGGGUCUUCGGCUACGGCUCCCUCAUUUGGAAGGUUGAUUUCCCUUAUGAGUUGAAAAGAAUAGGUUACAUUAAAGGUUUCAGCCGUCGCUUCUGGCAGGGGAGCACCGACCACCGGGGAGUGCCGGGGAAACCUGGCCGAGUCGUGACUCUAGUUGAGGAUCCUGAGGGCUGCGUUUGGGGCGUGGCCUACAAGCUCCCCACGGGCCGCGAGCAGGAAGUGAAGCGCUACCUGGACUACCGGGAGAAGGGCGGCUACCGGGUCAUGCCCGUGGCCUUCCACCCCAGACGGGACGACGGCCUCACCCCCGCCCAGACGCUCCUCUACAUCGGCUCGCGGGACAACCCCGACUACCUGGGCCCCGCCCCCCUGGAGGAGAUCGCCGAGCAGAUCGUGGGCUCCAGGGGGCCGAGCGGGCAGAACACGGAGUACCUGUUCCAGCUGGCCCACGCCGUCAGGAGCAUCCUGCCCGAGGACAAGGACGCGCAUCUGUUCUCGCUGGAGACCCUCGUGCGGCAGAAAGUGGAGCGGGAAUAACAACUCCCAAGCAGCGUCCGAGGCCAUGAGAGGAGGGAGCGAAAGACAGAGAGAGAGGAGAGCCAUGAGCAAACAAACGAACGAAUCGAAAAUAAAAGUCUUGUUGUACCCCGCA